AUGGCCUUUCAACCACCUUUCAGCUCCUCGCCCAUAGACGAGGUCCCUCCUAGGGCUGAGGACAUGCACCCAUCAGACCACCACAGGUCGUCCGACUCGGACACGCCCGUGGCGCCUAUCCCUCUGCGCCCAUCUACCUCCUCGCGCCCAGCGUCCCGCAUGGUGACAGCAACGCCCAGCAAGACCCCCAUAGUCAACAACCGCCCCUCGGUCGAGAUCGACCCCCAAGCGCCAGCAGGCGGAGGCUCAGCCUCCCGAUCUCAAAAGCCAGCCCGCUGCAGGGGCGACGGCGACUACGAGCAUCCUGGCUACUGGUACGAUGGCCCGCCUACCGCUCGCGACUACGAUCGCUACUGGCGGGGGGAGUACUUCCCCUACCCUGAUCGAUACACCUCCAAUCCCCGACGAUCGUAUCGACCUCCCCCGCCCUCGUGGCACAGGUACCAGAACUCCAAACGCAUGGCGUACGCGGGGGACUCGGACGACGACAUGCCCCCAUACGACGAGCGCAGAGUGUCGCGCGACAUGGUUGACGCUCGUCGUCGCGCACCAGGUGACGAGGAAGCGGCGCUGCCCAAUCCCGCGUCCCGUCCGCUCCUGGAAAACAUGCAGCCCGGCCACAGAGGCUCCUGGAUGGCGAGCAACAUGAUGAUGAGUGGCCGGCCAGACCUCGCCUGGGAGAACAUGACGCGUCGCGAAAAGGCACAGGUGAUGCGCCUCCCACUGACCGAGUGGAUGAACAGCUCCGUCAAGAACCACUUUGUCGCCUCCCUGGGCGAAGUCGUCGGGACCACCAUGUUUCUCUUCUUCGCCUUUGCUGGCACGCAAGUGGCCAACAUUGGCUCCAACUCGGACGGCGAGAACACGACGACGGGCGAGGCCACGGGGUUCAACGUCGCCACGCUGCUGUACAUCUCCCUCAGCUUCGGCUUCUCGCUCAUGGUCAACGUGUGGAUCUUCUUCCGCAUCUCGGGGGGCCUGUUCAACCCAGCCGUCACGCUCGGCAUGAUCCUCGUCCGCGCCAUCAGCAUCGCGCGGGGCUCGUUCAACGUGCGCACCACGCUGGGCGGCGGCGCGUCACUUGUGCAGGGCGUUUUUAUAGAGGCCAUCCUGACGGCCGAGCUGGUGUUUACCAUUUUCAUGCUGGCCAAGGAGAAGCACAAGGCGACGUUUAUCGCGCCUGUGGGGAUUGGGCUGGCGCUGUUCAUCUCGGAGCUGGUCGGUGUGCAGUUCACGGGCGGGUCCUUGAAUCCGGCGAGGAGUUUCGGGCCGUGUGUCGUGACCGGGCAAUUCGACCCUGAGCACUGGAUAUACUGGGUCGGGCCGUUUGUGGGUUCCAUUCUGGCCGUGCUCUUUUACAGAUUUAUCAAGACACUCGAGUAUGAGAUGGCGAAUCCGGGCGCGGAUGGUGAUGAUGCGAAUGACCCGACGAAGAACCCAGAAAAGAUGGCAGAGAUUCAGGAGCCCAGAGCUCCUUCGUUCCGCAGCUGAUGGGGUGGAAUCUGCGACUCGCAGUGGGAUUGGGUACUCAAGAAUACAGAUGCAAUGCGACGAGACCAUGACAGAGAGGUAGGACUGUAUGUAUAAAGACCAAAACAGUGUGAAUGACAGAACAAGGCAAACAAGCCUGUCAAGUUUGCAUCGCUUCGACACUAUGCGUGACAUGAGUGCCAUCCAGGCGUACCAUUCAAGCUACCGGCUAUCAGAGGACGC